AUUUCCGUUUCUUCUACGCGCACGCCGCGUUUGGCCACAAUGGCAAAGCUGCGUGCGCGCUCCCGCUCUGCAGCGACAAGAUGGCGGUCGCCGCCGGAUCAGGCGUCAAAGUUCCUCGCAAUUUCCGGCUGUUGGAAGAGCUGGAGGAAGGUCAGAAAGGUGUUGGAGACGGGACGGUCAGCUGGGGUCUGGAGGACGACGAGGACAUGACCUUGACACAGUGGAGAGGUGUGAUCCUCGGCCCCCCCAGGACGAGCUAUGAGAACAGGAUGUACAAUCUGAAGGUUGAAUGUGGACCAGGAUACCCAGAGUCUCCGCCGUCUGUCAAAUUCGUAACAAAGAUAAACUUGAAUGGCGUGCACACCUCCAGCGGCGAGGUUGACAUGCAUGCGGUGACUGCACUGGCCAAGUGGCAGAACUACUACAGCAUCAGGAUGGUGCUGCUGGAGCUACGACGGCUCAUGACGUGCAAGGACAACAUGAAGCUUCCACAGCCGCCCGAGGGUCAGAUCUACACCAACUGAUCCAGAUCUACACCAACUGAUCCAGAUCUACACCAACUGAUCCAGAUCUACACCAACUGAUUCAGAUCUACACCAACUGAUUCAGAUCUACAUCAACUGAUUCAGAUCUACAUCAACUGAUCCAGAUCUACACCAACUGAUAACUGAUUCAGAUCUACACCAACUGAUAACUGAUCCAGAUCUACACCAACUGAUCCAGAUCUACACCAACUGAUCCAGAUCUACACCAACUGAUUCAGAUCUACACCAACUGAUCCAGAUCUACACCAACUGAUCCAGAUCUACACCAACUGAUUCAGAUCUACACCAACUGAUUCAGAUCUACACCAACUGAUUCAGAUCUACACCAACUGAUCCAGAUCUGAUCCAGAUCUACACCAACUGAUCCAGAUCUACACCAACUGAUAACUGAUCCAGAUCUACACCAACGGAUAACUGAUUCAGAUCUACACCAACUGAUAACUGAUCCACAUCUACACCAACUGAUCCAGAUCUACACCAACUGAUCCAGAUCUACACCAACUGAUCCAGAUCUACACCAACUGAUCCAGAUCUACACCAACUGAUAACUGAUCCAGAUCUACACCAGCUGAUCCAGAUCUACACCAACUGAUCCAGAUCUACACCAACUGAUCCAGAUCUACACCAACUGAUUCAGAUCUACACUAACUGAUUCAGAUAUACACCAACUGAUUCAGAUAUACACCAACUGAUUCAGAUAUACACCAACUGAUCCAGAUCUACACCAACUGAUCCAGAUCUACACCAACUGAUCCAGAUCUACACCAACUGAUCCAGAUCUACACCAACUGAUCCAGAUCUACACCAACUGAUAUCUAAUCCAGAUCUACACCAACUGAUCCAGAUCUUCACCAACUGAUCCAGAUCUACACCAACUGAUUCUCCAACUCUUCUGCUUCGCUUCCAUCCUUAUAUCCCAUCAUCCAACAUGUGACAUUCCACCUCCUGCCCACACCUUGGCAGAGCGCCUACACACACACACACACACACACACACACACACACACACACACACACACACACACACACACACACACACACACACACACACACACACACACACACACACACACACACACACACACACACACACACACACACACACACACACACACACACACACACACUCACACACUCACACACAUAUCUGUAUACACAUUCUUGUGAGCACUCAUGAAGCCCCUCCCCUUCCCCAUCACUGGAGCUCUGGAGGACUCGAUGCGACGAGGGGCGGAGUCCUCGGUCCACACCAGAUACUGUACAUCGUACUAAUCUUCUUUUUAUUAUUAUUUGUUUAAAAAAUGCAGAUUGUACAAUAACAUAAAUAAUCUUAUUGAGUGUU